CACAGUGACGUCACCACACGCGAUGGCUGCCAGCGGUUCAGCUGUAACGGUUCUCACUCCAAAUGGACGGAGACAGACAGUUAAAGUAUCUCCAAACACGCCUUUAUUGCAGGUGCUGGAGGAUGUUUGUAAAAAGCACGGCUUUGACCCCGAGGACCACGGUUUGAAGUUUCAGAGGAGCGUCGUGGACCUGACGGUACAAUGGAGGUUUGCCAACCUUCCCAACAACGCCAAACUGGAAAUGGUGACGAGUUCCAGGAAACAAGGAGCAGCUGACAGCCAGGUGCGGGUUGCUCUCCAGAUGGAGGACGGCUCCCGGCUGCAGGAUUCCUUCUCGUGUGGGCAGAGUUUGUGGGAGCUCAUCACACACUUCCCUCAGAUCAGUGGGACGCUGCUCUCCCGGGAAGGAUCGACUCCCGUCUGCGUUUACAUGAGAGACGAGGUGAGUGGGGAGGAAGCCCUAAAGAAAGCCACUCUGAGGUCUCUGGGUCUAACAGGAGGAAGCGCCAUCAUCAGUGGGCCGCAGCUCUCCCGGGAAGGAUCGACUCCCGUCUGCGUUUAUAUGAGAGACGAGGUCAGUGGGGAGGAGGCCCUAAAGAAAGCAACUCUGAGGUCUCUGGGUCUAACGGGAGGAAGCGCCAUCAUCAGGAGGCUGUUGGAAGAGGCUCCCCUCAUGACCAAAGCCCUCAGAGAGUCACAGAUGAAGGAGAAGAUGGAGAGGUACCCCAAAGUGGUCCUGAGGGUCCAGUUUCCCGACAGACACGUUCUGCAGGGCUUCUUCAGGCCCCUGGAGACAGGUGUUGCCUUCGUGGAGUCGCCCAAAGCCAAGAAAGCCAAACCCAGCUCCAGCACCAAGCACAAAGCCGCCACAAAUCCAGAGGUCAGAGACGGAGAUCACAGCGAAGAAUUCUUGGAGCCGGUGGAGCGCGAGCCUCUGGUCUACCACCUGGACUCCGGGUCCCGCCUCCCCCAGGACCGCCUCGACCAAUCAGAGCUGCCCGACGAGUUCUUCGAGGUAACCAUGGACGACGUACGCAAACGCUUCGCCCAGCUCAAAAGCGAGAGUUGGAGCUGUGAGACAGUUUGUGAAGACUCACCUGGAGGACCCCAGCCUCCCGUUCUACCUGUUCGUCACCCCUCCUAA